AUGCAAAAGAUCUUUAAUGGCUUUGAAUUUUAUUUUGUGCCAAAGAAACAAAUUCGUACUCAAGUUGAGAUAUUAAAGAAAAGAAUAGAGGAACGUGGAGGGGCUGUCAGCAGCGUGCAACAGGAAACAACAACUCACGUUGUUCUAGCUAGAGGAGUACGUCGCGAAAAUUAUAUUCCAAAUCCGGAUUGUACACCAAGACAAAUCCAUAUACGUGUCGAUUGGAUAGCUGAAUGUCUGAAGAAUGGUUCUCUGGUUCCAUAUUACGGCUUCCAAUUGGUAAGUGUAUUUUAAAUAUUUUGCGUUAUCUGUGUAUUAAAAAACAAGACAGUAUAUACACUAUAAAUAUGCGUUUAUAUAAGUAGGAUUUGAAUAUCGUAACUUUGAUUUUUCUUUUUCAACUUUCAGCAAAUCUCAAGAGAGGGUGGAACACCUGAUGAAGUACCAGAACCUGAAGUAGCAUCCAAAAGGCAGAAAACAAACCCAGAAGGUAACCUUUAGUUAAUGGAAUGCAUCUACCCUGAAUUAUCUAUGCUAUAUUCAUGCUUUAUUUCCAUCCGACAAGAUGAAAGAAUAUUUUGUGUGUGUUGGUGUUAUGUACUCAAGUGAAUAUGAUGUUUGUGAUGUUAUUCUUACUGAAUAAGUGUGCAUCCUCACCGGGCAAGCUGAAAAGUUAGCUUGGCCACGGUAGGAAUCGAACCCACGACCUUUGGGAUAAUAGUCCAAUCACAAACAUCAUAUCCACCGGAGUACAUAACACCAACACACACAAAAUAAUCAUAUCAUAGACUACACUGAUAUCGAAGGAACUACACUCAGUUCCGAAAUAUUACCCAACUCGAACCGACUUGACCACGUAACUCAGUUGGACUAGUAUCCGAAAGGUCGUGGGUUUGAUUCCCACCGUGGCCAACCUAACUUUUCAGCUUGCCCGGUGAGGAUGCAGACUUCACAAACAUCAAGAUGAAAGAAACCUACUAAAAUCGGAUUUGACAAAUCGGAUAGUGUGAACGGGCCUGUAACCCUUUAUAAAAUAACCAGUAAUUUAACUUUUCCCUACAAGUUCUUUGUAGAAUAAACCAUAUAUUCCUUUGACAAUUUGCAGAACUCAUGGUUGCUUUGACUGGGCUGUCAAAGUUUAAAGAAGCAGUUGAAAAUGUAAAAGAAUUGUUGAAUGAGACGUCACCACUGAAUGGUAAUUUGAGACGAAUUAUUGUGAAUGUUCCAGACAGAGUACCAGAAGAAGGCAUUGGUGUAUUUUUAAUCAACAAAAGGACUGCAGAGAAACAGGUUGGAUGGAUUCCAAAAUCAAAGAUAAGUGCAAUAGAGGACAUGUGUACGAGAGGGUCUAUUAAUAUUACUGGACUGAAUGCCAGAAUAUUUAACUAUAGGGAGAAACAAGUUUCUGAACAAUUUACUAGAAGAGAUCUCUCUGUACUAAUUUCAUAUCCUAAUGUUUGA